CGAGGGCCGGCCGGGGCCUGCCUCCCCCCUCCUCCUCGCUCCCCACCGGGCCCACUGCUGGGGCGGCGAGAUGGCAGCGGCGGCCGAGCAGCAGCAGCAGCAGCAGCAGGACGCGGAGCUGGAGGAGCUCCUGGAAAGUGCUCUGGGUGACUUCGAUAAGACCAGGCCGGUCCCCACGCCGCCCCCUCCCGCCGCCGCCGUCGGGGACAGCAGCAGUGCUGAGAAAUCGCCUGGAGAUGCAGCCAAAGACUCCCUCUUUGCCUCGCAGGAGAAGUUCUUCCAGGACCUCUUUGACAGCGAAUUGGCCUCGCAGGCCACUGUUGAGUUUGAGAAAGCCAUGAAGGAGCUGGCAGAAGAGGAGCCACACUUGGUGGAGCAGUUCCAGAAGCUCUCGGAGGCUGCGGGCAGAGUUGGAAGUGACCCCUCAUCGCAGCAAGAGUUUACUUCCUGUCUGAAAGAGACGCUCAGCGGCUUGGCAAAGAACGCCAACGAGUUGCAGAACUCCAGCGUGUCGGAGGAAGAGCUGGCCAAGACCAUGGAAGGCCUGGGCCUCGAAGAGGGGGACGGGGAGGGGAACCUCCUCCCCAUCAUGCAGAGCAUCAUGCAGAACCUCCUCUCCAAAGAUGUGCUCUACCCUUCCCUCAAGGAGAUCACGGAAAAGUAUCCUGAGUGGCUCCAUAGCCACCGUGACGCUUUGCCGAAGGAGCAGUAUGAGAAGUAUCAGGAGCAGCACAACAUCAUGGGUAGAAUCUGUGAGCAGUUUGAGGCGGAGCGGCCCACGGAUGGCGAGACGGAGAACAAGGCCCGUUUCGAAAUGGUCUUGGACCUGAUGCAACAGCUUCAAGACCUGGGCCACCCUCCCAAGGAACUUGCUGGAGAAUCGCCGCCUGGCCUGAACUUCGACCUGGAGGGAUUGAACCUGCCCGAUGCAGCCGGUGCGGGAGGGGAGCAGUGCCGGAUCAUGUGACGCGCCCACCCAUGCCCAGCGGACUGGGAGGAAGGUGGCGGCGCUGCCGCUUCUUGGAGCGAGCCCCGAUUGCCGCGAUCUCUUUUGAGGCCAGCCGCUCGGAUCGGCACCGGAGCCGAAGCUCCCUCCUUCCUCACCGGUGGGAGAGCCUCGAACUGAUGGGAUGGUACGGAGGAGAGAGCCGGGCCCACCCAGGGCUGGCUCCAGUCGAACCGGAGUAGCCCCACGUGGGCCCCGGGCAACGCAUUCUGCAGUGAGAAGGAAGUGCCAUUUGCCGCCCAGUUUUCUGCCUCUCUUCUCUUCUGCUGCAGCUUCUUUCCAUUAACACCCUUCCCUUUCCCCAUUAACACCUCCCUGUUCCUGCUGCUGCAGUGCCAGCUAGGCUGGUAGCUGCUGGGUGGGGAGGUCCCAUGAGACCCAGCUACCAGUGAGUCUGAAAAUCUAGCCUCGCUGGGAGGAAGGAGCAGUCAAACGUCUGCUGGAUUCCCCCAGCCCUGCCAGCAUCGAGGGCUGGGUGCCACGGUGUCUGUGUUCUUCUCCUUUCCCCGCUAAGACUGACAGAACCCGAUGACGGGGUUUGGUAACCGAAUGAUUAAAAUAAAGAUGGAAGCUGAUCCUUUGA